AUGUUAUACGGCAGGCCAGAGGCAAUAGUGCAGGCGUCCAUCAGGAAGAUAAGGUCGCUGCCAUCGCCACAGGUAGAGAAAUUGGAAACAGUGGUUAAUUUUGCACUGACGGUUGAGAAUUUGGUAGCAACGAUUGAAGCAUGCGGAGUUGAAGAUUUUGUGUAUAACGCGUCAUUAAAAAUUGAAUUGGUGGAUCGUCUACCUCCUGGAUUAAAGCUGGAUUGGGCGAAGCAUUCACGAAACAACCAAGCGCCCAACUUACUGGAUUUUAGCGGUUGGCUUUAUUCGAUUGCUGAGGAUGCCAGUGCAGUCAUGCAGACUACAGCAAACGUUUCGAGAAGCCGCGGAGCUAGACACGAUGGUUUCCUUAAUAUCCAUUCUGAUGCAGAGCUAGAACGAUCUCGACCAGAGAAGGUGCAAGCUAAUCGAGGACCAUUAGCAACACCAAAAGUAGAAUGCAUUACAUGCAAAGGUAGCUGCGGCACAGUGGCUAAGUGCAAAAGGUUUGCUGAGUUAAGUCUAGAUGCUAAAUGGUCUUGCGUACGGGAGGCAAAGUUAUGCCGUAAGUGUCUACGAAAGCACAACGGCUCCUGUAGACAGCAGAAAGCUUGCGGGAUUCAAGGAUGCACAUUUUUCCAUCACCCGUUACUACACAAUGAAAAGAAAAAUGAAUCUGUGAUCGGUAGCUGCAACAUCCACCAGACUCGAACCAGUGAAGUGCUGUUUAGGAUUAUUCCCGUUUUGCUUCACGGCCCAUUGAAAGCGGUUCAUACGUAUGCCUUCAUUGAUGACGGAUCGGAGCUAACCCUCAUGGAGGACAGCCUGGCUAGUGAACUUGGAGUAGUUGGUCCGCAAACACCAUUGUGCCUAAAGUGGACGGGAGGCACCAAGAGGAUAGAAAACACAUCGCAAAGAGUCGAGGUAGAAAUAUCAGCCACCGGAGAUUCGUCCAAGUUACACAGGAUGUCAAACGUGCACACGAUUCAGGAGCUACAAAUAAGACCCCAAACCUUAAUAUACUCGGAAUUGAUGCAACGGUUCCACCAUCUUAGCGGACUCCCGGUAGAAUCCUACUGCAACGCCUGCCCUAGAAUCCUAAUAGGUCUUGAACAUGCGUCGCUUGGCCAUGCUUUGAAAAGUCGAGAAGGAAAACCUUAUGAACCUAUCGCUGUCAAAACGCGUUUAGGUUGGGUAAUCUAUGGGAGCUGCUCGCAAAUACCGCGACAACUAAAUUACGUGAACGUCCACACAAUUGCGGUAUGCGAGUGUCACCAAGAAACAGAUGAGAAUCUGCACACAGCAAUGAAAAACUACUUCGCUUUAGACAGUCUCGGGGUAGCCAAACCAGGUUUGGUUUUACGGUCAACUGAGGACCAACGCGCGAUGGAAAUGCUCGAGCAGCUAACCAUCCCCAAAAAUGGACGAUACGAAUCCACACUGCUCUGGAAGUAUGAUGGCGUUCGUCUUCCCAACAGCAAAGGAAUGGCUUAUAAAAGAUGGCAGUGUUUAGAUCGUCGUAUGAAGAAGAACAAGGCGUUUGCGGAAACUGUGAUGUCGAAGAUGAGCGAAUAUGUGGAAAAGGGAUACGUUCAGAAAUCCCCAGAAGAGCCAAAACGUCGAUGUUCGGAAUGGUAUUUACCUGUAUUUCCUGUUGUCAACCUCAACAAACCGGGAAAGAUACGUCUAGUUUGGGACGCAGCCGCCGUUGCGUAUGGUGUUUCUCUAAACUCUCUAUUACUUAAGGGCCCUGACCUCUUGGCAUCAUUACUUGCAGUUCUCGUUCAAUUUCGAGAGUUCCGAAUUGCCAUUUGCGGAGAUAUCCGGGAAAUGUAUUUACAAGUCCUAUUAAGACAAGAUGUCCGACUGUGCUUCUUUUGGAAAGACGAUGACAGUAUCGCGGAGCCUAACGUGUUUCAGAUGAACGUGUUGCCAUUUGGAGUGUCGUGCGCUCCUAGUAUUGCGCAGUAUGUCAAAAAUACCAAUGCACGGCGUUUUGAGAAAGAAUAUCCUUCUGCGGUUCGAGCAAUUAUCGAUCAUCACUAUGUCGAUGACAUGCUUUCAAGCGUAGAAUCUGAACAACAAGCCAUAGAUCUUGCACGGGAUGUAAAAAGAUUCAUGCUGAAGCCGGAUUCGAGAUGA